ACGCAGAAUUGUAGUUCGAUAUUUCCACCAGAACUACAUUUACCAAAAACGAUUGGGUGUCAACAAGGAGUCCUCUGUUAGCAGUCAACAACCAAGUUGACAUCAUGGAGUUGGCUGUGGACCUUCUGAAGCUCUUUCCAACUGAGGUCAGCGGGGCUUCGGUGUCCUUGUGCCUGGCUCUGCUCUUCCUGGGCCUCCUCUACUGGUACUCGAUCUUCCCCUACUCUGUGUUAGCGAGGUGUGGUAUCAGGCACCCCAAACCGAUGCCCUUCUAUGGAAACUUGUUCCUGUUUCGAAAGGGCUUUUUUGACGCUUACACGGAGCUGAUAAACACAUAUGGGAAAGUGUGUGGGUACUACCUGGGCCGUCGGCCCGUGGUGGUGGUGGCCGACCCCGACAUGCUGCGACAGAUCAUGGUGAAGGAGUUCAGUCUGUUCCCCAACCGGAGGACGUUCGGCAGCUCUACCAAGCCCAUGAGCGACUGCCUGCUGAUGCUGAAGGAUGAACGCUGGAAACGAGUCCGCAGCAUCCUCACCCCGUCCUUCAGCUCCAGCCGCAUGAAAGAGAUGGUCCCACUGAUCCACACUGCCACUGAAACGCUGAUGGGAAACCUAGAGGGCUAUGCCCAAUCAGGAGAGAGCUUUGACAUUCACAGGUGUUUCGGCUGUUUCACCAUGGACGUGAUCGCCAGCGUGGCCUUCGGCACCCAGGUGGACACCCAGAAAAACCCCGAUGACCCCUUUGUUAACCACGCCCAGAAAUUCUUCUCCUUCACCUUCUUCCAACCAUUCAUGUUCCUGCUCAUGGCCUUCCCCUUCCUCUUGGCGCCCUUUGUGAGAUUCAUCCCGAACAAAGUACGCGACCAGACGAACUCCUUCUUCGUCACCUGCAUUCGGAAGAUCAUCAAACAGAGAGAGGAGCAGCCGGCUAGCCAGCGGAGGCGGGACUUCCUGCAGCUGAUGCUGGACGCCAGGAGCAGUAAGGAGUGCGUGGCCCUGGAACACUUCGAUGUGGUGAACCAGGCGGAUGAGCAGCCUGCUUCUGGCUCCGCCCCCUCGCCAUCCUCCUCCCCCUCCCAUCAGCCCCACCCCUCCGAGGACGUGCCCGCCCGCCGGGCCCAGAAGAGGACGAUGACGGAAGACGAGAUCGUGGGGCAGGCCUUCAUCUUCCUGCUGGCCGGGUACGAGACCAGCAGCAACACGCUGGCCUUCGUCUGCUACCUGCUGGCCACCCACCCAGAGUGCCAAGCCAGACUGCAGGAGGAGGUGGACCACUUCUUCAGCAGACACGAUGUUGCUGACUACCACAGUGUGCAGGAGCUGAAGUAUCUGGACAUGGUCAUUUCAGAAGCCUUGCGGCUCUACCCUCCCGGAUUCAAGUUUGCACGGGAUGUGGAGCAGGACCGUACUGUGAACGGGCAGUUCCUGCCCAAAGGGGCCACACUAGAGAUCCCAGCGGGGUACCUGCAUUAUGACCCCCAGCACUGGCCUGAGCCAAAGAAAUUCGACCCAGAGAGGUUCACAGCGGAAGCCCGCGCUAACAGACACCCGUUUGUGUACCUGCCAUUUGGGGCGGGGCCACGGAGCUGUGUGGGGAUGAGGCUAGCGCAGCUGGAGAUUAAAAUGGCGCUGGUGCACAUCUUCCACAAAUUCACCUUCCUCACCUGCCCAGAAACCAAGGUCCCCCUGGAGCUCAAGUCUUUCACCACCCUGGGGCCCAAGAACGGCAUCUUCGUUAAAAUCGCACGGCGUGAGACGGCCGGUUCGGAUGCUCCCCCUGCGGAGGCGUAGAGCCUGACCGCGCUGACCGCUUCAGGUUCAUCGUGUACAUACGACCGACCAUGACCUGGGAUAACCGCACACAGACUUGACCGCUUCCGGUUCGUUGUGUAUAUAAACAUGUGACCGAUCCUUUCAUCGAGAUCUUCCGACCGCGUUCUCUGGUGCCUGCGCGGAGGACCAAGGCUCAGGUUCGUGGGGCGGUCACACGAAGGCGUGGGAUUUAACAGCACGCCUUCUUAAAUUCAGUUUGUGAUGCAUUUCCUGAAGGGAACUUUCCAUCAUGAAUCUAUUUGCUGAAAUUAUGAAUCCAUCACUAAUCUUAAAUCAGCCACGAUAAUGAAAUAAGUCUGUACGACCCUGAGGAAGACAGACCCAGAGGAGAACGCUGCAGUUUGAGACGAGCGCCGUUUCUGGAGAGAAUAGAAACUGAAACUGAGGUGCGUUCAAGUUCAGCGAAUGUUCGUGGCGAACACAAAGCUAACAGAAAACAGUUUGAAAUAGUUUGCAAACGUUCGCUGAACUUGAACGCACCUCUGCUCUGUGACGGAGUUGUGAAACGAACUGCUUGCGCACAGAUCAUGGUGGAGGUUUUUCAGUGUUUGUGGUUCCACAGCGCGGUUGUCCACAUGAAUGUAAUGUGAAUUACAGGAGAGAGCAAUAACAGGGAAGCGUUCAACGUGCUGGACGCCUCGGGGCUCUUGCCUGGGGCGAGACCGGACGCUCACGGCUCUCCUGUACGAGGACGGCUCUUGAACCGAAUUAAAGUUGAUUUUGCUUUUCAGUUUCAGUUUCCUGUUGUGUUAUCAGAGUUUCUAACCACCUUCAAUCUCUCCAUUUCACAACAAAAAUGAAGGUAUGUUUUGUGUAAUUUUAUCCGUGAAAAUUAAAAAUAAAAGUUGAACAAAGUUCAAAGAAA